CGUAAAUUACGAAGGAAUCUUUCUGAACAGGUUAUUCCUGGUACUAUUGGUAAUCAACACUUGAAACCUGGAGAUGUCCUUCUGAGGAUCAGCGACCGAAGCGCCACCAACCUGACUGUAGCUGAAGCGGAAGAUAUUAUUGCUCAAAGUCAGAAUCGUAUUGAGCUCUUGAUUCAAAAAAAAGCUGCGGACCACACUAGUCCAGCUGUCUGGAGUCCUGCGCCAAAUUUCAACAGUACUGGACCUAACCCAUAUUUUUCUGGAGUUGACAGUUCUCCAGUUUCUGUGAACAGUCCUGGAGUUAAGAAUGUACCUUCAACGCCUAGGUCAUCAGGACCAUUCUGGGCAGCUCGAACGACAGCAGCUCCUAGUUCUACUAGCCCAUAUUGGGCUGUUCGAACCCCAAGUACCCCCGGUAGUGCAGGUUCGCAAUGGGGGGUACAAACUCCCAACUUUGUGAAUAGUGGGGUUUCACGGUGGCCUGACCAAGAAGCGAAUCUAAAGGAAAGUGGAAACUCGUACUGGAAUACCCAUGCAUCAAAUUCAGUAGAAGCACCACAAUGGAACACCCAAUCACCCAGGGAAGCUGUGGAAAAUAGUCAUUUCAAGUCUGCAAAUAUACAAUCUAAUAAUCAGAUUAAUUUCAAUCCCCCCACUGGGACUUCACCUGGAAUAAAUCAUUCUCCGAUCACAUUUCCAGACACACGUUUUACCUUUCUACCAACGGAUCUCCCAACACCCGUCUGCGUUUCACAGUGGGGAAUGGAAGGUUCAGAUUUAGAUAGCGAAAAUUCUCCCCUUGGGCUGCAAACAAGACUUGCACCUCAGAACACAGCUGCAAUAUCAACACCACCCACCUCGCUCUCAGACCCACUAUGGAACAAAGAAACAGUUACAACUCAACCCCAGAUAAUCAUUGCUACUUCUACAAGUGACAACAAACUGGAUUCCUCUCCUAAAGCGAGUGCACCGGAAACUACAAUUAUGGCUCCACCACCUCCACCACCACCACCACCACCACCUCCUCCUCCAGCAAAUGGUCCAACAUGGCGGGAAAGACAAAAAAUGAUCAGCAAAGAAGAAAAUUCGGGAUACCAUCCUUCGCAAAACUGCGCAAAUACUCCACAAGACGGCACUGAUAAGCCUUUUAGUUACUUACCUGGACCAUUACAAGGUAGUUUAAAGAAAGAUAAAAAACCCUUCACCUAUAUUCCAGGUGGGAUUGACCUAUCUCAAAUCAAAUCUCCCAGAAUGGCACGCAGACUCAUCGCCAAUCAACAAGACCCAGGAGUUGGCGCAAAGUCGGAGACUCAAAACGAGUUUCAGGAACAGGACGACUUAAAUGGAAUCAAUAAACAACACACUACUCAGCAUCUUGCACCCCCUUCAAAUAUAAUGCAGCCUGUCCUUCCUGUAGUGGCACGGUCUGAAGCGGCAAACCAAGAACCUGUGGGGUUUAGAGUAAAUGUGAAUAAAGCUAAUGCUCUUAAAUUCUGUAAUAAUAAUAAUCAAAUUCCGUCAUGUUGUCCAAAACAGCCACAACAAGAUGUGAUUACGCCUUCUUAUAAUUCCCCUUUAAAGUUGUACUCGUCAGAAAACGCUCUAAAUGCUUAUCAGGCCCAAACUGAGGAAGUUACCAGGCAACUUGAAGGCACGAAUCUCAGCUGUGAUUCUACAAGAUCAUAUCAGACCCCAAAUCUCAAUCAUCGGUCACCCCCAAGAAAUAAUGAAGCUUACUGCCCCAAAACGGAGACAGAAGAAACGUCUUUUUUCCCGCAGUCACGCUCUUUUAGAUUGCUUCAGAUGUUGACCGACCAAGAGGACGAAGGACCUGAAGAGGACACGGGUAUAGACAGGGUUAAAGUUCAAAAAGUCACAGUUUUCUGGCUAAACCUUACUGAUCAGCAGUUACAAGAUUGGGAAGUAAACAGUUUUCUAGCAAAACCUCAUUGA